AUGGCGUCUACCGAUUACAAGUUCGAGGGCUGGCUCGGUCAUGAUGCCGACAGCGUCAACGGAAACAUGAAGUGGGGAGAGUUUGAGCCCAAGAAAUGGACAGAGGACGAUGUCGACAUCCAAAUCACCCAUUGCGGUAUUUGCGGCUCGGACCUGCACACUCUGUCGGCUGGCUGGGGUGCUACCCCUUUCCCCUGCUGUGUUGGCCAUGAGAUUGUAGGAAAGGCUGUCCGUGUCGGCAAGAACGUCAAGAAUAUCGCUGUUGGCGACCGUGUCGGUGUCGGCGCUCAAGCCAUGAGCUGCCAGAAAGACGAUUGCCCCGAGUGCUCAGCUGGACUUGAGAACUACUGCGGUCGCCCCCAAAAGGCCAAUACAUACGGCUCUGUCUAUGCCGAUGACCAGGGCAAGUCAUAUGGCGGCUAUGCUGAUUACAACCGCACAAAUGGCCAUUUCGUGAUCAAGAUUCCCGAGAGCCUGGCAUCAGAAGAUGCUGCGCCUAUGCUCUGCGGUGGCGUAACCGUAUAUAGACCUCUUAAGGUCAACGGCUGCGGGCCUGGCAAAACUGUCGGUAUUGUUGGCGUGGGCGGCCUGGGUCAUUUCGGAGUCUUGUUCGCUAAGGCGCUGGGCGCAGAUCGUGUUAUCGGCAUCUCCAGAAAGGCCGAGAAGCGUGAUGAGGUCUUGAAGUUAGGCGCAGAUGAGUACAUCGCGACCGACGACGACGAGGACUGGGCUACAAAGGGUCGACGUUCCCUGGAUCUCAUCGUCAGCACAGUUUCCAGCGAAAAGAUGCCAAUGAAUGACUAUCUUAAGCUGCUCAAGGUAGGCGGCAGCCUCAUUCAAGUUGGCGCCCCUGACAAAGGAAACCUUCCCCCGAUUAACGUUUUCAUCUUGCUCGGCAACGAAAUUAAAAUUGGCGGCAGCGGCGUUGGUUCACCUGACGAUAUCAGAGAGAUGCUGGAGCUCGCUGCUGAGAAGAACAUCAAGCCUUGGGUAGAAAAGCGUCCGCUGAAGGAUGCCAACCAAGCUAUCCUCGAUGUCGAGGCUGGAAAACCAAGAUUCAGAUACGUCCUUGUCAAUGAGAAACAUGCCUAG